GAACCGCAAAACAUCAAAAUGACGAAUGCUUAUUCCUUUGAGGGAAUCAUCAUCUUUGGGCUACUUGUUGUGUGCACUUGUGCCUAUAUGAGAAGAGUGCCUAGGCUGAAACAGUGGUUUCUCUCUGAAAAGAAAGGCCUGAUGGGAGUAUUCUACAAAGCGUCUGUGAUAGGAACUCGACUUCACAUUCCUGUGGCGGUGAUAUGUUCUUUGAUGGCAGUGUAUGUUCUCAUUCUGAGGUGAUACACAACAGGAAAGAUUUUAUUUAUUAACAUUUGUACAUAUAUAAAGACUGAGCUAUCAUCUAUAGAAGCGCUUGGAAUAGCGAGUGUCUUAUAUGAUGAAGACUUCAAUAAGUACGUACGAUCUUACAGCAGCUGUGUUGUGGUAAAGGAGGAGAUAGGUAAAUUGUCUCCCCUUAGACUGUACACAAAAAUAAGGAAUACACAAUCAUUUUGAUGCUUAUGAAUAGACUGAAGAAAUGUACUGAGUUGUGCAUUAUAUGGUUUAACUUCUUUGUGAACUUGGUGCUGCAUCAUCGCUAUAUGUUCCACUUUUGUACUGAUAUCUUUGAAUUAUGGUAUAAUACAUUGUAAUACAUGCACCGUGCAUAUUAGGAAUAUUGAGUAUAUGUAUUUCUAAAAUUCCUUUGAAUGUAUUUCUUUCUAUUAUUGAGUCAAGUGCUUGAAUUAGUUACAUCCUUUCAAAAAUAUCUGAAUUGAGCAGAGAUAGUGAAGGUUAUGUCAGAUAUUUGAUUGUGUAGAUGAUGUUUAUAUUUUGUGCUAAUAUAAAAGGAAUUGAUGUCAGAGAUUUAAGUAUUAAUGUGUGUAUGAGGAAAGUAGAGAAGUGCUCAAAGGAUACAAGAUGUCAGCCAUACAAAUACAUGUAAAACAUGGUUUACAUAGCUUUGUCAGGGACAUGUGACACAUUAUACAAAUGUCUGUCCCUGAAAAAGCUUUAUACAUAUAUAGACUUUAUUUACCUGGUAUAUCAUUGAAUUAAAACAAAUACUAAAAGCAAAAUUAUCAAACAAAGGGUGAUAUACAUGUAUACUGUAAAUAUUUAAAGUAUUUCUCUUGUCUUGUGUCUUUCAAUUGUCUUAAUGCUUAUCAUUUGUCAUUUUUAGCUCACUUGGCCUGUGAGCUUUAAGGAUACCAUGGCGUCAGUUGUCUGUCAAUUUCUCUAGACCCCCUCCCCCCACCCAACCUUGGGCCAUAUUCAGCAUCAGGAUAUAAACAAAGUCAUAACUGAUCAUUUUUUCUAGGGUCUGGUCCCAUCCCAGGACAGAUAACAUCUUUGAAGCCGUUGAGAUUAUCAUCCCAUAACUAAAUAGCAUUGCUAAGAGAUUAACAACUGAUCUCAGUCUCCACCCCUAGGGAAUUUGAAGUUGCAUCUGUGGGAUGAGGCUCAUCAGGGGAAAAAUUUUCCUUCUAAACAAAUGUACCAUUUGCAUUGACAUAUUCUGUGAGCAAUACAGGCCCCUCUGGGCCUCUUGUUUCUUGAGGGUUUAUUUUUGAGAGAAUUUUUAGAGGAGAAUAUAAUUCAUUACCUGGGUAGUAUCACAUUAACAGGCAUGGAAUGUAUGAUAUCAUCAGCAGCUCAAUAUUCUGAUACAUUGAUUCAUCACAUAGUCACAACAUUGAAAAGUAUGAUUUUUUACUUAAGUUGUCACAAUUUUGAACCAGAAUUAAAUAUUAGCAAUACUCCUUCAUGACUAGUUAUUUGUGUAUAAGUUACCUCCCUUAGUCUCUAUGUGACAUCCAUACAAAUGUAUAUUCUUGUCUAUGAUUUAUGGUCCUCAGUUUAGUCUGUUUAUAGGUGUGAAGACCUCUUCGGGUGUAAAUAUUGGUUUUACUUAUUAAGACAACGAUGUGUUUGUGUACAAGUUUACUUUGUUACAACAUACGUCAAAUAUUGGACCAAACUGUAAAUAGGACACCAAAUCAUUAAAACUGAAUAUUAGUUACCUACUUAACUGACAGAAUUUUAUAUUAAGUGGAAACAUAAGUUGUGUAAGCACCAAAACAAGGUAUUACCAAUUUUGAUGAUAUCAUAUGUGACAGUGUUAGAGCUGUGUGUUUGUCCAACAGUAUUUGUAUUUAUUACAAAGUUGAGACCAAAUUGCAUAAUUAAGAAUAAUGGGAUAAGAUAAAUGGCAAGAGCUUAAACAAAGAACAGUAAUCUGUACAUCACAAUUCUUUGUACUGUGUUUACUUAACCAUUGUAUUUAUAUAUCUUUUAGAAACACCAUUUACAUUUGCUUUUCACAUUUACUGAAUAUUAAGAUGGGAAAUACUAAGGUAGAGCCAUUGCUUAUUAAAGGAAAGGUGAUAACAUCUUG